AUGUCUCAAGUCAAUAAUAAACCAAUUCGAAGACAACCAAGAGGUUCGAUUAAUCGUAGAGCUUGCCAAAAAUGUAGACAAUUAAAGAUUAAGUGUGACGGGGAUGCCGAAAAAAAUUUUGAGUGUUCAAAUUGUGAUACUGGGACUUGCGUUUAUGAUAAAAGUCCAAGAAAAAAUAGACAAGUUGAAAAACUUAAUAAUCGUGUUGAAAGUUUGGAGAAAAAUUUAGUGGAGACAGAUAUAAAAUUACAAACUAGAAUUAGAAUUCUUAAUCUUGAAAAACAAAUCCAAAGUUUGAUUAUCGAUUGUUUAACUCUCCUCCCCAAUACGCGAAAUGAUCAAACUGUUUUAACCGUUUUUAGUCAACUUCGUCAAGCUAUUAAUGAAAGUAGAUGCUGGGAAAUUUUAAUGCCAAUUAUUAUCGAAUUUCUUUCAAGAUUAUUACAAAAUGAUCAUGAUAAUGAAACAUACAUUCACAUCAUUGAAAUGUUAAAAAAUAUUGCCGAAAACACAAUGAACUAUUGUAAUCCGAACGAUGCUUUUAAUCGAAUCGCCACACAACAAAAUAUUGAUGAAAUUGUCGCUCAAUAUACUUUCUCUAAUGAUCAACAAACACAACCUUUAAAUACCAUGACCACCGCUACAACUGAAAGCAUUUCCACACCAUCAAUUAUUCGAACUAGCCCAAUUAUGAAUGAAAUUGCAAACUUGUCUUUAUCUCCUGGAUCUGACGCUGACUCCGAUCUGAGCACCCUAGGCCAUUUAACUCGUCACCUCGAACUUGCUUCGCCUCUUACUCCGGAACAAAUUGAACAAUUUUCGCAUAACGGAAGUGAAUAUGGCACUUCCCCCGUGAACAAUUCUAUAAAUUAUGCAACAAUCGAUUUCCCUCAACAACAAUAUUUCAAUGAAUUUCCCUUUGAAACUUUUUAUGAUUCGUUCGGUUCCAAUUCGUCUCAUUAA